CAACGCCGGCCUUAUCGCCGGCAUCGCGUGCGCCUGCUGUGCCUUCCUGCUGGCGCUGGCGGCGCUGGCCAUCUGGAGGUGUUACGUGGCGGGGUCGCGGGGCUCCACGGCCGGACCGGCGGCGGUCCGUGUGCCAGUGACGUCCCCCGCCGACUGGGAACGGCGCGGGCCGGGCGGAGGCACCGGACCAGUCCCGGCCGCCGCCUUCUCGGCACACGUGGCUAACCUGCACGCCAACUCAGAUGAAGGUCUUUAUAAGGAGCAUGAAGAGAUACUGGAACACAGCAUGCAGCUGGGGUGGACUACAAUUGCUGAGAAAAACAGGUGUCAAGACAUCAACGCAUAUGCCCACAGUCUGGUGCCUCUGCGUCCGCUGCCCGGUCAGCGGCAGGGAGAGCACAUCGACGCCAACUACAUCGACGGCUUCCUCUUCCGCAACCAGUACAUCGGCGUCCGGACACCGUUGACUGGCUCGCUGGCGGCUUUCUGGCGCCUGAUCUGGGAGCAGCGGGUCCAGAUCGUCAUCAUGAUCACCAGCCAGGCGGAACGAAACAGGAAUACGUACAAUAAAUAUUGGCCCCUGGACGGAAAGGAAACGCACGGUCUCAUAGAAGUGGAGCACCUGCAAACACGGCGGCUGGCGUCGUAUACAGUACGGAAGUUUGUCAUGAAGCACGCCAAGCAAAAAAGCAGAGCCGUAUGCGGCGGGCGGGUCAUCUACGAGUACCACUACACCAGCUGGCCGGCCGAGGGUGUGCCCGACCAGCCCCUGUCCAUCCUCCGCUUCGUGAGGAAGACGGCCGCCGCCAACAGCGGAGACGGGGCCGGGCCUAUCCUGAUUCACUGCAGAGCCGGUGCGGAUCGGACCGGCGUCUACGUGGUGCUGGACGCCAUGAUGAGCAUGCUGAGGCUCCGGAGCGCAGUCAACGUGUUCGGCUUCCUGAAGCACAUCGGCACGCAGCGCGGCUCCGUGGUGCCGACGGAGGAGCAGUACGUGUUCGUGCAUGACGCGCUGCUGGAGGCGCUGGAAGCGGGAGAGACUGACGUGCCGGCCUCGCGGCUCGGCGAGUGCCUACACCGGCUACGCUCCUGCGACCCGGGCCACCACCCCCGGCCUCACGCUCGACCGCCAGUAUCAGAAGUGCUUGUUCUCCGUGCCGAGCAGCUGGUGACGUCAUACCGGCCGUCGGCGGACGAGAUGACGUCAGCCAGGCAGAACCAGGCGAGGAAUCGCAGCGGCCUGUUUCUGCCUCUGGACCGGUGGCGGGUGAACCUCUCGCUCCUGCCAGGGGUCGAGGGCAGCGACUAUAUCAACGCCACUCCCCUGACAGGUUACGACAGGCCUUGCGAGUUCAUCAUCACCCAGCAUCCGCUGGCGCACACGGUAGAUGACUUCUGGCGGAUGGUGUGGGAGCACAGCGUGCAAACCGUGGUCGUCCUCUCUCCAAUUGACGAGCAGGCGGCGGUACGGCUGGUCGCGAGCCCCGAGUGGCCCGGGGGCGAGGUGGGCUCGCCCCUCCGCCUGGUGCGGGCCCUCCUGCGGCCCGCCGCCCGGCGCCAGGCCGAGCCGGUGGUGGUGGUUGACAGGUUUGGCGGAACGGAGGCGGCCAUGUUCUGCUGCCUUACCACACUGGCCAAACAGCUGGCCAGCGAGAACGCCGUGGAUGUCUACAUGUACGCCAAGAUGUGUCACAUGAGACGCCCAGGAGUCUGGCAGACACCGGACGAUCUGGCGAUGCUGUACCACGCAAUGGAGUGCUUGAACAGGCCGGCACUACCGGGUCCCACCAGCGACCAGUCCGAGGCCGAGGCGCCGCCGCGUCCGUCCAGUCGCGGCACCAACACCGCUCCCCGUGGCCGGCGCUGGCCGCGAGAGCCGGCCGGCUGGGGCUGGCACGCCGGCAGAGGCUGUACUGCCACCGUCUGA